UGCUUUGAUUGACAGGUCUGUUUAACAUUUGCUUCACCAUUGUGCAAAGGGAGCUGGGCUGGACUGAGUGAACUUUGGCACCUGGGGUUUGUUUCUGGGAAGCGGUGUGUCCAAGCAAGGGCUCGUGUUAGUCCAGAUGCAUUUAUUUGCAUGCAUAUGUAAGGUGUGUUCUACAGUCUGUAGAUUUCAAGGAGUAUGUGUGAAAACUCACGUAUCACAAGUAAAACAAACGCAGCUCUAAAGUGCUGUGGCCUAAAAGUUGUCUGUUGAGAAGAAAAACGGAUUCUGGGGCUCAGGCGCCGCCCGCAUGAGAGUUCACCUCCUUCAUUUAAAGUUACUCACUAGUGAUGCGAGGGGAAAGCACUCUGCAUAUGCUCAGAAGCACUUCCCUACAUGAUAUUCAUAGCUGCCAAGUUACCUCUUUUUUAAAGGGAUUUUCCCUUAUGCUGAAUAGGCUUCCUCGCGAGAAAAGGGAAAACUUGGCAGCUAUGGAUAUUCUUUUUGGCACCUGUUUCUGUAAAGAAGGGGCUCCUCAGAAGAGGCUCAAGGGAGGCAGCAACAGGCAGAGAUGACAACACCUGCAAGAACAUUCGCAGGCAAGUAGGCUACACCUUUUGCAGCUGGGCUGGAACUCAAAAACCUCCUUGCCUUAAGUGUUUCCCUUUGCUUUCAUUCUAGGGAGCUCUGGGGAGCUGCAGCUGCUGCUGCUGCUGCUACUGGCCCAGGAAAUGAUUUCCCCCUGCCUUGCUUCUCCCCAAGCAGAAGUGGUUGUACAAGGGCUCUGGCUGAGUGGCCUCCUCCCCAGGAGGGGGCAAAGAGGCAGCAAUGAUUUACCAGAGCAGCAGCAGCAGCAGCAGCAGCAGCAGCAGCAACAACACAAGCACAAGGUCCCUGGGCUCUCGCCAGCCCUCCAACAGCAGACCUUUGAGACUGCAGCCGGGAAGAGGAAGGCCAGGGCUGAGCCACCCACCCUCACCCUCCCCUGGCCGGGGCAGCACCAUGCUUUCCAGCCUAUACUCCUACCUGUUCUCCUGGCUGCCCGCCUUCCCCAGCCUGGCUUGGGGCUCCGAUCUGGUGGACUCUGUCUUGCAGGGGUUGGUGGGUGCCUGUGCCGUCUCCAUCCUGGGCAGCCUGAUGAAGAUUUACAUCUACAUCAACUCUUUGAACGACCCCGACCGGCAGAAGGAGAAGGAGAUCAUCCGCAACCAGUGGCCCCUCCUGGACCAGCUGCAUCUCCUGGUGCUGACUGGGACCUUCACGGUGGUCGGCUACCGUGUGGCUGCCUUGGUGGUGCUGGAGUUCUCCCUUCGGGCCAUCUCCACUGUCCUCUCCCUUGACAAGGGGGCGCACAACAGCCAGCUCUACCUCCUCUGCCAGUACUCCUUGGGCUGCGGCAUCUCCUGCAGCCUCAGCUACCUCCAGGAGGGGGCGCCCCACCGCACGUGGAACCUGCUCCUGAGCGUCGGCCUGGCUGGACUCUUAACUUACUACGUCUGGCGCCUAGCGCGCCACGUCUUCACCAUGUACGAGCUCCACUGCAAGGAGCGCUACUGCGGGGUCUGCCUCUUCCUCCUGACCACCUGGCACGGCAUCCCUCGCCUCCUCUGCAACGCCCUCAAGGUCACCUUCGUGGUGGCUGACCUGGCGGCGGUGGCCCUGAUCAACCGGGACUUCCUCACCACCUCGGAGGCCAUCCGCUUCUGGACCCCGCUCACCAUCUGCUACACUCUGCUUGUCAUCUACAUGCAAGAAGAGCAAAGGCAGAACCCCACAGAGCAGAUGGCCUACCAGACGGUCUUUGUCAGGAUGGGGGGCCUCCUGAUCCUGCUGAUGACCGUUGGCCGGUGGAUGGACAUUGUGAACGUCCUUGUUUCACUGGUUGGGGAGAUCUGGUGCCUGAUGCGGGCGGGAAUCCUGCUGGAUAUCUGCAGGAAGCAGGAUUAUUCUCAAAGGGUCUCGCCCUCAGCUUCUGCCUCCCGACAGCCCUCGAGACACUACAAAGACCUUUCAAAAUCCCACUCUGCAACAGCAACAUCCUGAAACACAGAGCAGGCUCUGGAGGAGCCAGUGGCUGCAAGUCCAAGGUGGAGAAAUCCUUGGGGCUGGAUUUCAUCCGAAUGGUUCAUUUCAUCUGAUCCACUGUGCUGGGCUGCUGUGGACUCUCUGGGCCCAGCAUUGGAUAUGGGAUAGAUAUUUCAUGCCUGCCACUUUACUAAAUGGUGACUUAUUUAUUUCUA